AUGCUCUUCUCCAGAAUCCCUUUUCUUCUGCACGCACUGGUCGAGACCGCGGGGGCGUCGUCGUUCAUCUUGAAGCCGCAAAGCCAGCUGCCCAAGCCCUCCGCCGCCGCGCAACUCGUGCUGCAGUCAUUUGGCGGCUUGCUAUUGAGCACGAAUUUGAUUUGCCUAGUGUUCUUGUGGCGACCAGACUUCGAUGACACGAGCAGGCUGGUGGCGGCUUCAUUGUCGUUUUGGCAUGUCUGGCCAUGCUAUCGCGCCUAUGUGCGAUUGACGGAUCCCCGGGUGGACGGCACAAACAGCGGCCAGGUAAAGACUUUGGGAGGGCCUACGGUGCAUCUUGGAGCGCAUGCCGUGCUGUUCCUGGCAUUUCUUGGUGCUGCUGUUAUAGGAUAA